UAUUCAUUUGUAUUGGUCAAUUACAAAUAACUAGACUAGGUUAACUAGAGGUCUCACCUUGCAUAUUUUGUCAGUUUUGUCUAGUGUCGUGUUGUCAACAAAAUGCAGAUUUUAUUUUAUUUCCUUUACCCACUUCAUAACACUCAUCCCCGCUAACUUCGGCAUCACUGGCAGCUAACAAUGUUUCCACCAGCCUUUCGGUGGUGUUUGAACUUUUAUUUUGUCCGCAGAAUGCAGUAGUACUGCAGCAACGAGAGGGUCCUGCAAGAAUAUUUACUUGUCACUCAUUGUUUUUAAUUCAUUACACAUCUAUGGUGUUAUAGUGUAAAUCAAACCAAGUUUAAUAUAUAACAAAACUAUUUGCAUGUCACUGCAAAAAUAUAUCGGUAGUAUAACAAAGACGAAAAUAUUACUCAUUUAUAUAAUAGUAUUCAUUUGCCUGAUAGGACAGAAAUGUCACCUUUAAACAAGCACUACAGAUGUUUGGCAAAGGGUGAUAUGAGGAUUUUUGGGAUGUAAAUAUGAUCUUUAGGUGUGCGUUUAUCACAGCAAAUUUUGUCAUAAUUGUGCUUUACCUGGGGAUACAUCCAUGAUGCAGUGAAAGUGGCUGCUUUGCGCAACCUCCGGCACGCGUCCACCUGCUCUCAGUGUCCUGGUUCAUCCGAGAAGCGACAACCAUUCCAGUGUAAACAAAGGUGCCGAUCGAAAGCUGAAACGGGACUUGUAUGUCCUGACCGGCGAGCGAACUCUGAUACUUGACAUCCGCAGAGUUAAAACCAUGUAUUCCAAGGAGGACAUAUUUGUCCUCUUCGACAGUAAAGGGUUAAGAUCCCUGUACUCCCAAAGCAAACCUCGUCUUUAAUUUUUAGGGAGAGUGAUCUAUACUAUCCCUAUUACUACUACUAUUAUGACUAUUUCCAGGUUAAAAGUGACUACCUGGAGGAUGAAAGCAGGGCGGCAGAAGGCAUGGAUUUCGACACAGCCAUCCAGCUCACUUGCAUCGAAAUCAAGCGAGUCUUUAAGCGGAUGAACGGAUGCGCGAUGGACAAGAAGUCAAAUCUUGAGCAGCCGGAGAAGGAAGUCGGUCUACAUGAAUUCCUACCGGCCUACGUCAUCAACACCAUCAAACAGAAAACGUUACGUAAGGCUUUGCAGGGAAACUUUAAGAAAUUCUCGGCGUUCUUCGAUUACGAAUCUCACUUCAAGUGCCUCGAGAUUUUGGGAAAAAUUGGAAAGUUUGACAUCGAAAACUUCCGCUGUGCACUCGGCGUAAGUGUUAAGUGUUACUGAAGUGUUUGUAUGUGAGUCUUGUAGUACUGUCGAUACUUACUACUACUACUACUACUACUACUACUACUACUACUACUACUACUACUACUAUUUUCAGUGUGGUUGGUCUAUUCCUGUCACUCUGCUUGUCGGCCCAAGUGUUGGUAUUUCCUACUGGACAGAUUCUGCCUCUGCCGUAAGUACCACUACUACUA